AUGAGCUGGAUUGCCUACCUCCCCCACGUCAUAUACUCUACUGCUCUUAUCUCCAUCAGCAUGCACCACCUCUCUGCCCGACAUUCCGCCGAAUCCGACCGUUCGCACGUCGCCGCCCAGCUCUCCCUCCUCACCGACCUUCGUGACCGCCUGCGCGAUCCGGGCAACGACUCCGUGUCGGACGCCGAGGCGGACAAGAUCCUUCGUCUCGCCCAGUCCCACGACGUCUUCAAACGCGCACAACCGACAGCCGGGAUGGGCGCGGGCUUGGGCGCGGAGGCGGACGAGCUGACGUCGCAGAUGCAGGCCGGCGAGCGCGUCGGCUGGCGCGAGGUCAUAUUCGGUCGGCGGACGGACAUGGCGCGGACGGAGGAGCUGGACAGGCGCGAUCUCGAGCGGGUGCGCACGGAGAUCGAGCGCAGCGAAUCGAGCGGGCGGUAG